CUCAGCGUUCAACGUGCGCUAAUGGAGCCGCGUGUCGCAGACCUGAAGCAGAAGAUUGAGGACACUUUGUGUCCUUUUGGCUUCGAGGUUUACCCUUUCCAGGUGGCGUGGUACAAUGAACUCCUGCCUCCAGCCUUCCACUUGCCCUUCCCAGGACCUACUCUGGCCUUCCUGGUACUAAGCACACCUGCUAUGUUUGACAAAGCCCUCAAGCCCUUCUUGAAGAGCCACCACCUCCAACCACCGAGAGACCCAGUGGAUCAGUGCGUGUCCUACCACCUGAGGAGUGUUAGGGAGAAAUUUCCAGAACUGCAAAUGGAAGUCAUUGCUGACUAUGAGGUCCACCCCAACCGGCGCCCUAAGAUUCUAGCCCAGACCGCAGCCCAUGUGGCAGGUGCUGCUUACUACUACCAACGACAAGAUGUGGAUGCUGACCCAUGGGGGACCCAGCACAUAGCAGGUGUGUGCAUACACCCCCGAUUUGGGGGCUGGUUUGCUAUCCGAGGAGUAAUAUUGCUGCCAGGGAUUGAAGUACCAAAUUUGCCACCCAGAAAGGCCCCUGACUGUGUGCCUACAAGAGCUGGCCGCAUCACUCUGCUCGAAGGCUUCAAUUUCCAUUGGCGUGACUGGACUUACCGGGAUGCUGUGACUCCUGAAGAACGUUACUCAGAAGAACAGAAGAUCUACUUUUCUACCCCACCUGCCCAACGCUUGGCCCUAUUAGGCUUUGCCCAGCCCUCAGAACACGCUAGCAUUACACCUGAGCAUCCCAGUUCCAUGCUUACCAAGCCCCAGAAUUCCAGCAGAGCAAGAAGCUGGCUUAGCCCCAGUGUCUCACCACCUGUAUCCCCAGGUCCUUGACCUUUUCCCCUGUGAGAUACCAUUUGUGUUAGAUUUAUUUUGGGUAAAAUUUGGGUUUUGAAAAAG